AUGGAGUACGGAACUACCUCAAAUCCAAUUGCCAAGGCUACUGUUGCCAGACAUCGGAGAAGAUUUAUUUUGGCUCAUCAAAGAGCCGCACGUCGUCACAAGCUCCCACGUACACCGACGGUCGUGCCACACCAAAUUACCUCCUCCUUCCAAAUCGCAUCCAACUUUACAAAUGGUAGUUGUUCCAUGGGUCAACCGUUGCUCCAUUCAUCUGCUCAUGCAAUGGCUAGAAAGAGGAGGAGGAUGAUUUUGUUUAACAGGAGGAAUGCCCCACAUCACCAUAACAAAGAAAAUAUCCCAUUGGUCGGAAAUCAUGUUCCUUCGACGAAUAUGACACCGACUUCAUGUAAUCGACAACCUCUAACUGACAACCUAUCUAACCUGACUAGCACAGCCCCUUCCAGUAGACAUGUACGACGUGGAGUACCGCAGAAAAGGCCCAGGCUUAAUCAUCAUGUUAACAACAACCUCCUAACAGACUUUAACCAAACAGUUAUCCAGGGGCCUUACACGGACGUGGCUUCUACGUCUAAUGCACGUGUAAACGAUGUUACACGAAUUUCUGUCACUGCAGCUCAUGCAACAGACGAGGGAGACUCUGGCUCCGAUGAUAGUCUCAACUUGGGAGACAAUUCUGAUGAUGAUUACGAUGGAGUUGAUAGUGAAUCCUGCGUAGAUGCCCAUCUACAACAAUACUCCGACAUAGGAGAUCGAGUUUGGGAAUGUCAGUUUUGUCAUGCCUCUAUGUGGUAUCAGGAACGGAAGAUGAAGUCACGACAUACCACUGUUCCUAAGUUCCAUUGGUGCUGUAAGAGCGGAAAAGUUGUACUACCCUUACUAGCGAAUCCCCCGCCACUGCUGCAACACCUCCUGCAUAGCAGUGCCAGUGAAGAAAGCAAAAACUACCAAAGCAACCUUCGUGUUUACAACGCCAUGUUUUCGUUUACGUCGCCAGGAAUGAAAUUCGACAAAACCGUUGCUGAUGGGAGAGGGCCUCCUACAUUACGCCUGCAUGGUCAGACAUGUCAUCGAAUAGGGACGUUGAUACCGGAUGAUGGUCAGACCCCGCAGUAUGCUCAGCUUUAUAUUUUUGACACGGACAACGAAAUAGAUAACCGGAUAAAAUGUUUCAGUGACAGUGAUGUGGUCAACAGGGAUGUCGUUGGUAAGUUGAAGGAUAUGUUGGACAACUGUAAUCCACAUGCAAAGGCAUUUCAAAUGGCGAGGGAUCUGUUGAGAGGAAACCCUUUCUUAGACCUUAAGAUACGACUGAUCUGUGAUCGUCCUCAGGAUGGCCGUGUCUACAACACGCCAACUGUAUCAGAAGUUGCUGCUCUAAUUGUGGGAGAUAUUGAUCCGGAUACAACACGAGACAUCAUCAUCCACGCCCGCAAUGGCCAUCUGCAACAAAUUACCAAAUUUCAUCCUGCUUACUUGGCAUACCAAUACCCUCUCAUUUUUGUUUAUGGGGAGGAUGGAUAUAGGAAAAAUAUCCUACACAGAUUUGAACACGAGCAGGAGGUUACGCGGAAAAAUCGUCAAUCGAUCAUGGAUUGGCUAUCUUUCCGGCUACAAUAUCGUAACACCGAAGCAAAAACGUUACUUCAUUCACGACGACUUUUUCAACAGUUUUUAGUGGAUGGAUUUGCAAUGAUGGAGUCAGAGCGUCUCAAUUGGUUAAGGACCAAUCAAUCCAAAUUACGUGUUGGGAAGUAUAACAACUUGAGAGAUCAAUGCAACGACACUGAGACUAAUGCGGCACCAAAGCGAGGAAAAAGAGUUGUUUUGCCAUCUACUUUUGUUGGGAGCAAGCGGUACAUGGAUCAACUGUAUUUUGAUGGUAUGGCCAUUUCAAGUAAGUUGGGGUUCCCCGAUUUGUUCGUGACGUUUACCUGCAAUCCUGCUUGGCCGGAAAUACAGCGUGCCCUUGCCGGGACUAGCUUAAAGCCACAUGAUAGACCUGAUCUUAUUACUAAAGUUUUCAAAAUUAAAUUUGAUGAGCUCAUGGAUGAUAUAACAAAGCGCCACGUGCUUCAUUCUCCUCCAUCUUGCCUCGGCCUCGAGUGA